AUGUCGGUGUCAGCGCCGCCGCCGCCGGCGUCGUCGACGGGCUCCUCACCACGUGCAGGGCUGUCACGAGAUGGCGACAGUGGUGGAGCUGUUGCAGCUUCUGCUUCUGCUGCUGCUUCUGCUGCUGCUUCCGUCUCUGCAGCUUCUUCCGGCCACGCCUCACCGGUCUCGCCGGCCACCAAGCCGGCAGUCGGCCGCGACCGCGACACGUUCGACCGGAUCCUGGUGGAGCGCUACGUCACGCGCGACGGCAUCCACUCGGCCGCCCUGCAGGCAGCGCAGGUGCAGAUGCAAAAAGACUUUCGCAGCCUGCACAUGUUCGCCGACGACUACCGCAAGCUGCGCAGCGACUACCGGCCCUGGUUCCCGGCACGGCAGCUGUACGGCGAGGGCUAUGCCGGGCUGGGCAACGGGUACACAGAGGUCAACGGCCCGUCGCGAAUCCUGUAUCCGAUGCAAAAAACGCGUCCGGGCAAACGGCAAACACCGGCGCUCAAGUACAGCCGCAAGGACAUGGCGCAGCAGGCCGAGCAGCACGAAGAGCUGGUGCCGAUUCGGCUCGACGUCGAGUGGGACAAGAUCAAGCUGCGCGACACGUUCACGUGGAACUUGCACGACCGCUUGGUGGCGCCCGAGCUGUUCACGACGCAGCUGAUGGAGGAUCUCGGGCUUCGGCCGCCCGCCGCGACACAGGUCUACGAGCAGAUCAGCCAGCAGAUCCACGAGCAGCUGACCGACUUCUACCCGCUCGUCUGCUCGGACGAGGACGCGCUCGACCCCGAACUGCCCUACUCGGCCUACAAAAACGACGAGAUGCGCAUUCUAGUCAAGCUGAACAUCACCAUCGGCCAGCACACGCUCGUCGACCAGUUCGAGUGGGAGAUCAACAACCCGAUGAAUUCGCCCGAGGAGUUUGCUGCCGGCAUGGCCCGUGACCUCUCGCUCUCGGGCGAGUUCACCACCGCCAUCGCCCACUGCAUCCGCGAGCAGGCCCAGCUCUUCACCCGCGGACUCUACAGCGUUGGCCACGCCUUUGACGGCCGUCCGGUCGAAGACCCCGAUCUCGUCGCUGCCUUCUUACCCUCGCCCCUGCCGGCCGUCUUCCGGCCCCAGCAGCAGGCCAAGGAAUACGCCCCGUACCUGUACGAGCUGAGCGAGGCUGAGCUGGAGCGCAACGAGCUCACCUUUUCGCGCGAGCAGCGGCGCCAGAAACGCUCUGUCAACCGGAGGGGCGGGCCCAUCUUGCCCGAUCUCAAGGACCGCCAGCGCACCAUCCGCACUCUGAUCGUGUCGUCCGUGCUGCCGGGUGCUGCCGCCGACGUCGACGAGAGCCGCCUGUACAAACGUGCAGCCGGCGCUUCCGGUCGUCGUCGUGGUGGCCGAGACGGCGACCUGCUCUCGGACUCGGACGAAAGCGACGACUCUUCGCCCGAUUCGCCCUCCACGUCCCAGCACUUUGGCUCUUCCAACACCGCUGCUGCUGCUGCUGCUGCUGCUGCUGCCAAUGCGCGCACCCGUGGCAUCCGAGGUGCUGCCACUGCUGCCCAGCAGCGCAUGGCUGUCAUCGGCCGCUCCGAGACCCCCGAGGCCAGCACCAUUCAUCACCACGAGACCCGCACUGCUCGUCGCACUACCCGCGAUCUCCGCGACGACUCGGUCGACGAGCCUGCUCGCCUCAUCGUCACCAUCCGCGUCUCCAAGGACCGUCUGCGCAAGCUCAUGCGGGAUCUUCGCGCCAGACCGCCGCCUGGUGGCACUCCCUCGCUCGCUCCGCUUACUCCGUCCCUCCAGCAGCUGCAGCAGCCCCUCUCUCACGCACAUCAGCAGCUGCAGCUGCAGCAACAGCUGGCAACACCCAUGGGCCCGCCACCAACCACUCCGUCAGGCCGCCACGCUGCAGCUCCAUCGCGAUCCGCCAUUCCCCAUGGCCAUCUGGGCCGUCUCCCAGCAGCGCCACCACCUGCAUCAGAAGCGGAUGCACCACCAGCAUGGCUCCUCGACGCCCUACAGCGCCUGCGCGACCGCGCAUAUCCCAACGACUCCUUCGAGGGCGUCAUGCGCUACAGUGUCUUCAACCGCGAAGAGCAGCUGGUACCGGCGCCGCGGCUGGGCGAACCGCUCGAGAACUACAGGUUCUGGUAUCUCCCGCGCAUCCGCUGCCACGACUGUCCCGGCAAGCUGUACACGCCCGGCCCCGAGAUGACGGUCGGCAACUUCGAGGUCCAUCUGAAGAACCGGUUCCAUCGCGAAAAGGUCGAGCAGCGCCUCGUUCGCGAUGCCAGCAGACAGCCGUCCGGCCAGCAGACAGCCACCUCGACCGCCUCCAACGUCCCGCCGCCACCGUUGUCGUCGGGUCGCAGUGCCAGCGGAACCGCCUCGCCAGCCCCAAUUCAGCAUCAGAACUUCCCAUCCGCCCCGACACAGCCGCUGCUGCUGCAACAACAACAUCAACACCAACAACAACAACAACAACAACUGCAACAGCAGCAGCAACAUCAGCAGUCCGCCUUCUCGCCCGCUCCUCUUCAGCCACAGCAGUCCUUGUCGCCCUCCGUGGCCGCCGAGGACGAUUACGACGACGCGUCCAUGGCCUCGUCAUCACCCGCCGAGUCCGCCUCCGAAGCCGACUGA